AUGGGACCUUUAGAGAAACUACUCUACCUUUUUUCCUUAGUCCUGUUUGUUGCACCCUUUUCUUCAACCAUUAAAAUUGCUCCUGCUUCUGCUGAAGAAGCUAAUGCUCUCCUCACAUGGAAAACCAGCCUGCAAAGUGCAAACGAUUCCCUGCUAACUUCAUGGGUCCUUCUACCCCAUGAUAAUGGCUCAACAAAUGUAAGUCCCUGCAAUUGGUUUGGAGUUUCUUGCAACCUUGAUGGAAGCAUCAUUAGAUUGAACCUCACAAGUUCAAGUGUAAAUGGUACGCUCGACAACUUUUUUUUUUCAUUGUUUCCCAAUCUUGCAUAUAUCGAGCUCAGCAUCAAUAAAUUCUUUGGUGUCAUCCCACCUCUAAUUGGUUCCCUCUCCAAACCCAUCUAUCUUGAUUUGUCCACCAACCAGUUCUCAGGAAUCAUCCCACUAGAAAUCGGCCUGCUAACAAAUCUUGAAACUCUCCACGUGUUCGAUAAUCAGUUGAAUGGCUCAAUUCCUCGAGAGAUAGGCCAGUUAAAGUCUCUAAUUGAGCUUACUUUGUACACCAACAGUCUUUCCGGUCCCAUUCCUACUUCUUUAACCAAUUUGAGAAACUUGACUCAUUUAUAUCUUUAUCAAAAUGAUCUUUCUGGUUCCAUUCCUCCCGAAAUGGGAAACCUAGUCAGUCUUGUUGAGCUCUACGGAUGGCAACAAUCUCACAGGUUCUAUUCCUUCCACAUUGGGAAACUUGAAUAA